AUGCCACCGCUUACUCUGGAACAGGUGCUGGCACGCUCUAUGCGAUUGCCACGCAAGCACAUGAAGCAUACUGCUACUCCUAUGGCGAGCAAUCCGGCAAUAGGCAUAUCCACCCCGCUUGACAACUCAUUGGGGCGUGGAGAUAAAAGCGUCGCCAAGUUGUUCAGCCUCAUUGAGAAGGAUGAAGAAUCCACGGCCGCUGGACGACCUUUUAUUCACCAGUCGAAUAAUCUUAUUCGGAACAGUCAUGAUUUACUUACAUACCUGCACACCGCGAAGCGAAUGCGGGCAUGGGAAGACGCCUUGCGAUCCUUUGCUGAGGUUACUAAAAUGUUGUUGAUCAACCAAACGGAGGAGGGCGAUGGUGUUUCACUCACCUUACGAGAGGGAGCCGAGGGUGCUGAGGGUGUCACAGCCAGCGUUAGUCAUUUGGCUUUACUCCUCGACACAUGUGCAUCGGCAAAGCAGUGGCAUUUGGUGGAACAAAUUGGUGAGAUAUUUCGGAGCCAAUCCCGUCAGACUUUGAUUGAUGCAGUUGCGGUGUUGGCCAAUACGAAAAAGGAGACUAUAGGUGAGGGGCUGUACGGCUGGGAGCGCGCACUUCAUUUUCUGCAGACAAGGAUACCACCUGAGGAACAACCUGUUGAGGCAUAUAACGCGUGUAUAGCAGCGUGUGAAACAGCACUUGAAUGGGAAGGGGCCUUGGCCAUUGUGCGUUCCAUGGGACCGAAUCCACUCCAAAACCUGGACUCCAAAGUUUUUUCAGGCACAACAGGAAUUGGUGUAGCGUCCGCUGGUUCGACGGUGGAAGGGGUUUCUUCCUCUUUAGGGACAGAGGCGAGGGAGGAGAGCGUUCUCGCUACUUUCCCCCCACCAGUACCAGAUGUGGUCACGUAUGCAACCUUAAUAUCGGUCUUGGAGCAGAGUGGGAAAGAAGCGUUGGCGAGCGAAGUUCUUCAACGACUACCUCCAGUGGAGAAGGAGGAAAUCACUGCGUCAUAUGCCGCUUUGAUUCAUGUAUGGUCUGAGCAAAAAUAUCGCAAUCAUCGCCGUCGGUUUUAA